AUGUCUUUAGCAAUCUCGCCCGAUCGCAAAGAAGACUCUACUGACAACAAAUCAGGUGCACCUGAUAUUGCUGCACAACAAAUUCGUGAACACCAAGCCGCAUCUCAUCCGUCAUCAUCGGGCCAACAUCACAUUGGAGCUAUCAGUGGGCAAGAAAAACAAUCGGAUUGGAAAAAUGAUUCGAAGCAACAGAUUGAUAAACACCAAACAAAUUCAUAG